UUUGCAAUAUGUUGAUUUUUUUGAAAGAAUCCCACAAAUUUACUAAUAUAUAUGUGUUUAAAUCCAAUCUAAACUCGUUUAAUUUUAGUUCAGAGUUCAAAUCUGUAUCUGGUGUUAGAAGAAUGAAGAAAGUCCAAAAGAAAGAGCAAGAGGUUGUAGCUGACAUAACAAUGUUGAAGAAGCCAAAGAAUUUUAAAUUUCUCUACUUAAACUCAAACACUAACCGCCUCCUCGUCGUGUCCCUUUUCUCCAUUAUCCACGUUUCUUUUCCAAUGCCUUCACCCUCACUUUUCCUCCUUUCAAACCAAGAAUCAAACCGACAACGAUUCUCCUCUUUAAAACCCCAUUUCAGUUCUCCUUUUUAUUACAACAGUUCAAAUUAGUUCCAACAUGAGGCUUUACGUUUACGUUUUGCAGGCUAAAGAACUGCCUGUGAAGGACCCCUACCUCAAACUACAGGUGGGCAAGCACAAGUCCAAGACUAGAGCUUUGAAGAAUAAUGAGAGCCCCGUUUGGGAUGAGGAGUUCGUUUUCAGAAUACAUGAUGUUGAUGAUGACUUGGUUGUUUCUGUUUUUGAAUAUGAUCGUCACCAUCAUCAUGAUUUUGGGCUGUCUGGGACUGGAGAUUUUGUGGGUCGGGUUAGGAUUCCUGUUUGGUCUGUUUUUGCUGAGAAAAAUCAUAGCUUGCCGCCUACUUGGUUCUCUCUUGAAAAGCCCCUCACUGGCAAGUUUAUCAAUAUGGGUUGCGGGAAAAUUCUUCUGAGUCUUUCUUUGCAUGGAAAAGGCCUCGACUUUGCUACCAACCAUUUUAGCAAUGCAAAUGCAAAUAUUAAGAAUGAGGGGCAUAAAGAAUCAGAAGGGGCACUUAUACCUUCUGGUGGUAUGCAUUGCUCCAAAGCCCCAUUGCUCAAGAUGACAGAUGGGAAGAAGCUUAUGAAGACUAUUGCAAACCGAAUCGAGAGGGUUUUCAAUAAAAACGAGGAAGCCGUAAGAAUUGAUAGCUCAUCUGAGUCAGCCAGUGCAUCAUCUGAUUAUGAGGAUUGCUUGGAGGAGCCUCCAUCCAGCUGUAGCUUUGAAGAAGCUAUGGAGAUCAUGAGAUCAACUGAUACUGAAGAAGAAUUUCCAGAAGAUCUCCCUGGAGGAUUACUUCUUGAUCAAACUUAUUUAAUUUCAUCGUGCGAUCUCAAUAAGUUUCUCUUUGCGCCAGAUUCUCAGUUCAGGAAGGACUUAGCUGAAUUGCAGGGUACAACAGAUGUAGAAGAGGGGCCUUGGACUUGGAAAUCGGUUAAUAGGUCUCAUCUAACACGAACAGUUACAUACAUAAAUGCGGCAACCAAGUUAGUUAAGGCUGUUAGAGCCACUGAGGAGCAGACCUAUAUAAAAGUUGAUGGACAACAAUUUGCUGUCCUAGUAAAUGUUAGCACACCAGAAGUUCCAUAUGGAAGGACAUUCAAUGUUGAGCUGCUAUACAAGAUAUUGCCUGGGCCAGAACUGUCUUCUGGAGAAGAAUCAUCCCGCCUAAUUAUAUCAUGGGGCAUUAACUUUCAUCAAAGUACAAUGAUGAAAGGUAUGAUUGAAGGCGGGGCGAGGCAGGGAUUGAAAGAGAAUUUCGAACAGUUUAGCAACUUGUUAGCUAAAAACUUAAAGACUCUGGAAAGCGCAAACUCAUCAAAUAAGGACCAUGUACUGACAACUUUAGAAGCAGAACACGAGUCAGACUGGGAAAUGGCAUCUGAUUACUUUUGUAAUUUUACUGUAGUUUCUACUAUCUUUAUGGCUUUCUAUGUAGUCCUACAUAUUCUAUUAUGCGAACCAAGUAAAGUCCAAGGUUUGGAAUUCAAUGGACUUCAAUUGCCACACAGUUUUGGACAACUUAUCACCUGUGCAAUUUUAGUCAUUCAGCUACAGCGCGUUUAUAACAUGGGGUUACACUUCAUACAAGCUAGGUUGCAAAAAGGAAGUGAUCAUGGCAUUAAAGCCCAAGGCGAUGGAUGGAUUCUCACUGUGGCCUUAAUAGAGGGAAUGAAUCAAGCAUCAUUGGAUGCAACAGGGUUUUCAGAUCCUUAUGUAGUUUUCACCUGUAACGGUAAAACAAGAACAAGCUCUGUUAAGCUCCAAACUGGCAAUCCCCAAUGGAGUGAGAUACUCGAGUUUGAUGCAAUGGAAGAACCACCUUCAGUUCUAGACAUGGAAGUUUUUGAUUUUGAUGGUCCGUUUGACCAGGCCACCUCACUUGGGCAUGCUGAGAUCAAUUUUUUGAAGCAUACAUCUACUGAAUUGGCAGACAUGUGGGUCACACUUGAGGGAAAGCUCGCUCAGUCUUCUCAGUCAAAGUUACACUUGAGAAUCUUUUUAGACAACAACAAAGGUGUUGAAACGAUCAAGGACUAUCUAACAAAAAUGGAAAAGGAAGUCGGGAAGAAGUUGAGUUUGAGAUCACCACAGAGGAAUAUGGCAUUUCAGAAACUGUUUGGGUUGCCACCGGAGGAAUUUCUUAUCAGCGACUUCACCUGCUACUUGAAGAGAAAGAUGCCUUUGCAGGGCAGGCUUUUCUUAUCUGCUAGAAUUGUGGGGUUUUACGCCAAUUUUUUUGGACAUAAAACAAAAUUUUUCUUUCUCUGGGAAGAUAUUGAGGACAUCCAUGUGCUUCCGCCAUCAUUCUCUUCAGUGGGCAGCCCAAUUUUGGUAAUAGUUCUGCGGACGGGUCGAGGUCUUGAUGCAAGGCAUGGGGCGAAGACUCUAGAUGAAGAAGGCAGGCUUAGAUAUCACUUCCAGUCAUUUGUGUCAUUCAAUCUGGCCAGCAGGACAAUAAUGGCCUUGUGGAGAACAAGAAUGCUGACCCCUGAGCAGAAAGCAGAAGUUGCAGAAGAGCAGCAGCUUGAUCAAGAAGAAAGUCCAAUAACGCCUGAAGACUCAGCGUCCCUUAUGGUUGUCGAAGAGGCAAAGAUGUCAAGAGCUUACUCUGCUGAACUCCCCGUUAGUAUAAAGUCGGUAAUGAAAAUGUUCAAUGGAGGAAGGAUGGAGUAUAAAAUUAUGGAAAAAUCUGGAUGUCUAAAUUAUACAACUACCACAUGGGAAUCCGUAAAGCCUGAUGUUUUUGAACGGAACGUCUCAUACAGAUUCAGUCGUCAUGUUUCAAUCUUUGGAGGUGAAGUCACCUGCACACAACAAAAACUUCCCAUUGAAAAUGACGAGGGGUGGAUUAUAAACGAGGUCAUGGCGCUUCACGGUGUUCCAUUCGGUGAUCAUUUCCGCGUGAAUGUUAGGUACGAGAUUGAGCAGUCUAGCUUUGUUCAUAAUGCAUGCAAGUGUGAUGUUUAUGUUGGGACAAGCUGGUUGAAAAGCAACAAGUUUCAGCAGAGGAUCACAAGAAACAUAACCGAAAAAUUCGCACUUAGAUUAAGUGAGAUUUUUGAAUUGCUUGAGAGAGAAGUUCUCUUCACAAUACAAAAUGGUACUGUUGAUUGAUGCAAACGAUAAUCUGAUUGGGUCAGUGAUUCAUUAUUUUCUUUCGUUCCUUUACUGUAACAACAACAGUUUUACUGUAUUUAGUUUCAUUCAGUUGUUUAUGUUUAUGUAAUUUCUAGUCUGCAAAUGUAAAUAUCUGAGAUCAUGUACAAAUUGUAUGAUACUAAUUUAGAGGACCUUAGCUGGUCCAUCUCAAAUUCUGUCGUUUAAA